GCAGUCGGCGAGAGGAGCACUACUGUCCGCGCGCCGCCAGUCAACAAUGAAAGCUGCCCCGAGGCCGCAGUGAAAACUCAGCAUUAGCCCGUGGUGCUCGCGUUGGUUGAGCGGGAACUGAACAUACUAAUUUAGAAACGCGCUACCAGUUUGCCGCGUGGAUUCUCGGCCUUCAAGAAAUGAAAUACUUCUGCUGAAGACUACAUCAAUUCGCUUAAAAACUUCAAGACUUCUACGUGUCCUAAAGUUUAUUUUUCAAGGCCCCAUGGAGGAGGUGUACGUGGUGAAGGUGCGCAGCAAGCCGUGCGCCUCGCGGCUGUACCCCUCGGAGCGGCGCUACUCGGCCUCCACGGUGGGCGGCCUGGGAGCUGUCCACCUCCUGCUGGCCCUCACCUGCCUGCUGCUGGGGGCAUUGCACCUGCUGGCACUGCCAGGCCCUGCCCCGGGCUACGGCGCUGUCCUCGGUCUGGGGGCGGCCUCGGCGCUCGCCGGGCUGGCGGGGCUGCUGGCCUGGAGGAGGUGGUACGUGGACAACAACAUCCGCUGGUUCUUCAUCAGUUCGUGCGUGGCGGGACUGUCGGCGCUGCUGAGCGUGGCGCUGACGGCCGCCACUCUCGCCGUGCUCGUCGAGAGCCGGGAGCUGGGAACUGCCGCCAACUCCACGGUGACCCAGGCCCCGGUGCCUGGCGACAGGAGCGAGGCGAGGAGCGUCGUGGCCAUCAACAUCAUGGUGGCGUCCACACUGGAGCUGGUGUGGGCCGUGCUGUCGGCGAGGAUCGCGUGGAAGGGCAUGAGGAACCUGUACCCCGCCGAGGGCGAAGGUGCGGACGGCGCGGACAAGAGGCGUGAGGAAGAGAAGAUGAAGGUGCAGAGGGACAAGCCGGACAUCAUCUGCAACCACAAGAGGCCAGCGCCCAGAGCUGAGGUCCAGCAGGACGGCAGGGUGAGUCGAGAGCCAAUGCCGGUCCUCCCUCAGGAAGACGGACUGUGCCUGCCGCCCAUGGAGAGGACCAUGGACUUCCAGGAGAAGAUACAGAGGUUCCUGGAGUCCAGCAGAGAGCACUGUCUCAACAUGAGCGCGAGGGACAUGUGAGACGAAUAAGCUAGCAUGCUGGAUUUGCUGAACGAUCAUCAGGAGAGAGUAGAAUUUCGAGUCUGUGCAAAUGUGUAAAACGACUGUUGAACUUACAGGGAGACAUUCACUGUUCCUGAAGUUUUGAUUGAUUGUGUUGAAACGAUGAUUAGGGAUGCAUAUUAAUUCAGAAUGUGUCUUUCUGUGAAAGACAUUGGACUUGCUUAAGGAAGUCCCCUUUUACUGAGCGGAAAGCCGUAUACACUGCGGAUAUGCUGCCACAAGAGAGCAUCAUGGAGAGUACAAAUCACAGUUUGAAAUUCAAAUGUGUUGAAUCAGGUCUUUACUGUGCCAUGAACAUGUUUCCGGACUUUCUGAAAGAAGCAUUGAUAUAUAAGCUAUUAGAACACGUCGAGAUUGAAAGAAGAAUCUUAAAAGUUUUUAGUAUUAUUUAGAUUAUAAAAUAAAGUUAAGAGUUUUCCAUUACUGUGGAAUUGAAAUAAGUUAAAAUAAAAUUUUGGGACGUAAAUGGAAUUAGAUAAAUUUUACAAAGAGGACAAAUAACUGUUUUGUUGUAUUCAGUGAUACAAUCAAUGUAUUGCUGUCUCAAUAUUGCAACAAGCAUGCAUAAAUUGGCGCAUGAUACCAUUUGGGUGAUAACAUGGAUAUUUUGCUCAUAGACACUGGUUACAUAUUUGCGAUGAUUUGCUUUUAUCUUAUUUUAACCUUUGACUAUCGUUGAAUGCCAAAUAUUAAGCAUCUAAUUUUUUGUUGUUUUAAAAUGGUCUACUGGUACAAAAAAGGGCCAUUUUGCUGAGAGUGUGUUUUUAUAAACGACACAGUGCAUUAAUUGCUUUCAAUUUGAUGUUGGCACUAGCAAAGCUAGUAUUUAAAAAGAAAUUACCUCAAAAAUAGGCCUAUAUACUACAGCUAAUGCAUAUUUUUUAUUCUUCUUAAUUUCGCAUGGUUAAUCCCCAAAAUUUUUACAAUAAUGAAACAUGUUAUACCUGUAAUUGUAAAUAAAAGUACUAUCAAUUUGUAAAGAAAGACGAGCAUGUUUUAAUGUUCCAUUUUACCCUUCAAAUUUAUCAGGAUGUUUGUGAAGAAAGUUUGAUAACAGGUUAAAAAGAGAUUAUCGUUAGAAAUAGUGAUGUAUCGCGAAAAUGUUUGUGCCAAAUUAUGUAUGAAAUAUUCUUGCUAGGUCCAUCUGGAGUUCAUUAUUAUCCACUCUAUUUCUUUUGGCACAGUUAAAAUAUUUUAGGCUAUUCACAAUCUAUAUAGUAUACAGUAUAAAGAUACUGAAUUUAUUAUUGUCGUUGAGCUAGCUAGACAAACAAUACGCAACAUUGGAAUAGUGACACAAAUUUUUUAAGAGCUCGCCAAAAUAUUCCUAACAAUAAAAAACUAAUUAAAUUUUCGUUUUAUAACUAAUUAAUAACACUUACACUAUAGGAUAUUUUGGUACUAUAGUAACAGUGAAAACCUACACGAUCUUAAUAUUUUCCUCCAUAUAUCACCAUUUCCAACCAUGGGUUGUCGAGUCUGGUGACAAUCUGACUUUCUGUUGGCCUUCACUGGUAGAUGAUAAUCAUAAAACUAAGCAGCGAGGCUGUAAUUGUGACUUCAGAUUUUCCGUGAUAGUGUCAGCAUGUUAAAAACAAAUAAUUGGUCAGCAGGGAGCUGUCAGAAGGAUACGCGGUUGUGUGGACGAAAGGCGUGGGUGUUUUGAAACACCCUGCGUCGCUAGCUACUUAGCUGCAAUAUCGGCCAGAGACAGAGAUAAUGAACUCGGUGGCCUUGAGUGGACCGGAGCUAUUCAGGCGGCAUCGAUACUUCGACGAGAACACGUGAGUACCCUUCUAAUUCCAGUGCAGGCGUCUUCAGCAUCUCACUUGUCUGGAUAAUAGCUGCCAUUCUCACUAUUCUUAUUUUAAUGAUUGAAUUUUCGUUACAUUUCAAGAUAAUUUUCUUGCUGACAUCGACUAUAGUAAUUGCAACCUGACAAGCACUCUUUUUUUUAAUAUCCGUUAUACUGAAUAUAAUAACCACAUUGGGUAAAGGAAUUGUGGAGGAUACAACAUAAUAAUCCACCACCACAUGCCGUGACUCCCACGAAAAUGGAGAGAUUAGUUGUGACACACAACAAUUGAACUCUGCUCGAAUGUUCGUGUCACAUUAACAAUGGCUAGUUAAAGCUCGGAUCUGAUUGUUAUGUCACAUUAACAAUGAUCAGUUAAAGCUUUGAUAUUGUGGGUCUUCUUACACCAACAAUAAAAGUAGCUUAAAACUCUGCUUAAUAAUUACAUAAAAUUCUUUUAUUUCAUAUGAUAUCUUAUAGUUCUUAUAUAUAAUAUAUAAUUCUUGUCGCAACAACAAUGAUCAAUUUAACAUCUACUCUGAGGGGUUGUGUCACACCAACAUUGGUCAUCAUAGUUCUGCUUCUCGCAUACGAAACAGAGUUCUGCAGGAACAAUCUGAUCGAAUCGUUUGUCAACAUAGGACUAUGCACGUGCUUAGAACUCAUUCGUGAUGUAUUAGCUGAAGUUAAUCUGUGUUGUCUCUGCGACCCUAACCUAACAGCCGAGCGACUGGCGUGAAGCUAGCCUUCCCCCUCCUUACCCCGCAUUUUCCCACUCUCGACAAAGACAGCGCCAUCUUCACUUCAUCAGCUGCUCACAUGCCAAGAAGCUGCACUUCGUCAGCUUGUGUUUUGCUCAGGAGAUACAACCUGAGGUUGGGCCCGCUGAGCCUUAUUGAAAAUGUAUCUCUCAAAAUCGCUCGAACGGGCUAUUGUGUUAGAAGUCCUUGGGAAUGUGCAGAAUCUAUGAGAGCCAGUCCGGCGAGUUGACCGUCGCGCUGCAGUGAUGGCGGAAGGAUACAGUAGACUACUUCCUCUGCUGUCGCAACCGCGCCGAGGUGUAUUGAAACAAUAGCAGGGACGUGCUGCGACGAUCAACAUAAAGGAACAACAUUGCGAUGUCCGUCACUAUCUGUCCGCGCGGCCUUGGACACUCAACAAG